AUGGCUGAAGAACGUGCUGCUCCUCUCCGACUCGGGUCAAUUGCCCCCAACUUUAAGGCAGUCAUCACAAAGGGUGAAAUCGACUUCCAUGAAUUCAUUGGCGAUCACUACGUCAUCCUCUUCUCUCACCCCGAUGAUUUCACCCCCACUUGCACUACUGAGUUAGGAGCCUUCGCCAAGUUGGAGCCUGAGUUCACUGCUCGACGUGUCAAACUCAUUGGACUGAGCGCCAACGCCCUCAAAUCCCAUUUCGAAUGGAUCAAAGAUAUCGACGAGGUUACCGGAUCGAACCUGCAGUUCCCCAUCAUUGCUGAUGCUGAUCGCAAAAUCUCAUAUUUGUAUGAUAUGCUUGAUUACCAGGACACCACAAAUGUUGACGAGAAGGGAAUUGCCAUGACCAUCCGCUCCGUCUUCAUCAUCGACCCCAACAAGAAAAUCCGAUUGAUCCUUAGUUACCCAGCCACCACUGGCCGGAAUGCUGCUGAGGUCCUGCGAGUCAUCGAUGCGCUUCAGACCACUGACAAGAAUGGUGUGAACACCCCCAUUAACUGGACAUUGGGCGAAGAUGUCAUUAUCCCACCGACUGUGAAGACCGAGGACGCGAUUAAGAAGUUUGGUGAUGUCAGAAUUGUUAAACCAUACCUCCGAUACACCACUCUCAAGAACUAA